UGGUGCUUCUAAUCAAGCGAAUUACAAGCAAAAAAUCCAAACAGACGACGACACUUCAGACAGUCAAUUUGAUGAUUCAAGCAUAUUCAUGGGAAGCUUAGUACCAAUCAGAUUGGUUUGCGGCGAACAAGUUAUCUGGCAAAAUGAUUCCCCGAAUUCAUCAUAUUGGUGUCGUCCAAUCUUUUUCGAAUUUGUGAAAGAAAACAAAAUAACCAUAUUGCAGGAAAAAAAUGCCAUUGAGCAAGAAAUUGCUGAUUUAAUGGAUACAGAAGUCGGGGAAAUAAAUAUUUCACACUCUUUAUUAAUGACAAUGAUAGACGGAAAAGCAACAUCAAUAUUAUGUGACACUUCAUCUCAGAGAUGCGACAUUUGUAAAGCCACUCCAAGUGAGAUGAAUAAUUUAUCCUUAAUUGCGUCAAAACAGACUGAUUUAGAUCUUUGUAGAUACGGAUUGUCAUCAUUGCACAUAUGGAUACGAAUGAUGGAAUGCAUUUUGCAUAUAGCUUACAGAUUAACGAUAAAGACAUGGGCUGUGAAGGGAGACACCAAGUGUAUCCUGGAAAGCAAAAAGAAAAACAUACAGGAUGCUUUUAAAAAUAGAAUGGGCCUUCUGAUUGAUGUUGUCAAACAAGGUCAUGGCACCACCAAUGAUGGAAAUACCGCUAGAAGAUUUUUUGCAAAUCCAAGCAUUACUGCUGAGAUAACAGGUGUUAGCGAGAACUUAAUAAGGCGGUUUGCAAUCAUUUUAGAGGCAAUUUCAUCGGGCUACCACAUUGAUGUAGUCAAAUUUCAUGAUUAUGCUCAAGCCACUAUGCAACUGUAUGUAGACUUAUAUAGUUGGUAUUAUAUGCCUUCAAGUGUUCAUAAAGUUCUAAUGCAUGGUGCAGCUAUAAUUGAAAGUUUUAGUCUACUACCAAUUGGACAGCUAUCUGAAGAAGCUGCUGAAGCUAGAAAUAAAGACUUUCGUAGGUACCGCCAACACCAUUCUAGAAAAUGCAGCAGAAAAGCUACAAAUGAAGAUAUUUUAAACAAUUUAUUGAUCAGCUCUGAUCCACUCAUUUCAACGAAACGACACAAAUUUGGCAGAAAACAUAAAUCCUUGUCAAAAGAAGCACAAAGUUUGAUCAUUGAACGGGCAGAGACGUUUGAUGAUGACGAUCAGGAAAAUUUUGAAAUAGCUAAUGUUGAUAUCCUGGACACUGAUUAAAUUAAAACAGCUAGUUUGUAUUUUUUUUACGUAUUUUGUUAGGCUUUAAGGCCUAAGGGGGAUACCACUUAGGGUGGUGAGGAAUCGAGAACAAAUGUUGAAAUUGCGACCAAAUCGGGGAAAAUCGAGACUCGAGAGUAAGCGUAAAAAUAGGACAAAUAUACGUGUUAUGCUCAUGUAAAGUCAAUUACAUGAGAAAAUUUGAGAAUUACGAGAUUUUCACUGUUUUUUGUUUUUUUCCAUACAAAAUUAACUUUGAAAAUGAAUAACUCCGAAAAUACUAAGUUAUCUGAAAAGUCGAUAGUAGUAAUAGUUUCUUAUAAUCAAUAGAAAAAUCCAACUGAAUGAUAAAAAAUUUAAAAAAAUAAACUAUUUUUUUUCAAAUGCUAAGUCCACUACCGGCCCGUUUCGUUCCACUGUGCGG